AUGAUGGGACCAAAUGAUGAUACAGGAUCUAGCAAAGGAAUUCCUAAUGGCGCUUUGACAGUUUUAAUUAUUGCUGCCAUAGCUGUCGUGAGUGUAGUUGUUACUCUGUUCUGUAUGCUUGUAAGUAAUCGACGAUCCCGACGACAGCAAGAUCGAACACAAUCCAGUUCGAGACAUUUAAGCACUGCCACUGGUGUCCGAAUAUCUCUAGAUAGAACAUCAUUUGCUCGUCCAACGUCCACAUCGCCUUUACCAAUGUACAUAACACCUGCAGUUCAUGAUCCUAAAUUCGAUGCUCCACCCUCAUACGACGAAGCUAUUCGAAGCGCUCCUUUAACUCCAGUUUCCCCUGCUCCACCACUUGUCGCACAGAAUUCAAUUGCUACGGGCAAUAUUGCUACUUUGGAGGCAGCUGAAACUGGAGACAGAGCUUCAGCUACGGCAUCUUCCGCACCGGCAAGAAUCGAAGUUGAAGUCGAAAUGGCCAACAACGGUCGAACAGCAUCAGCGUCAACGUCAUCAGAGUAA